AUGAUGCCGAAGAAAGCAAAGCCCACAGGGAAGGGGAAGGAAGAGGGAUCUGUUCCCUGUAAGCAGUUGAAGAUGGAGGCAGCUGGUGGACCCUGCUCCACUUUGAAUUUUGAAAGCCCCAGUGAUCUCUUUGAAAGUUUAAUCUCCCCCAUCAAGACAGAGAUUUUCUUCAAGGAAUUCUGGGAGAAGAAGCCCCUUCUCAUUCAGAGAGAUGACCCUGCAGCGGCCACAUACUACCAGUCUCUGUUCAGGCUGUCAGAUCUGAAGAUUCUGUGCAGCCGGGGUAUGUACUAUGGAAGAGAUGUGAAUGUUUGCCGCUGUGUCAACGGGAAGAAGAAGGUUUUAAAUAAAGAUGGCAAAGUGCACUUCCUUCAGCUGAGAAAAGAUUUUGACCAGAAAAGAGCAACAAUUCAGUUUCACCAACCUCAGAGAUUUAAGGAUGAGCUUUGGAGGAUCCAGGAGAAGCUAGAAUGCUACUUUGGCUCCUUGGUUGGCUCAAAUGUAUAUAUAACCCCUGCAGGAUCCCAGGGCCUCCCACCCCAUUAUGAUGAUGUGGAGGUCUUCAUCCUGCAGCUGGAAGGAGAGAAACACUGGCGUCUCUACCAUCCGACUGUGCCCUUGGCCCGGGAGUACAGCGUGGAGUCCGAGGACAAGAUUGGGAGGCCGACCCACGAGUUCACGUUGAAGCCAGGUGAUUUCCUGUACUUUCCCAGAGGGACCAUUCAUCAAGCGGACACUCCUCCAGGGCUGGCCCACUCCACUCACGUGACCAUCAGCACCUACCAGAACAAUUCGUGGGGAGAUUUCCUUUUGGACACCAUUUCAGGGCUUGUAUUCGACACUGCCAAGGAAGAUCUGGAGUUCCGGGCUGGCAUACCCCGGCAGCUGCUCCUGCAGGUGGACGCCAUGGCUGUUGCGAGGAGAAGGUUAAGUGGCUUUCUGAGGACCCUUGCCGACCGGCUGGAGGGCACCAAAGAGCUGCUUUCAGCUGACAUGAAGAAGGAUUUUGUUAUGAACAGACUCCCCCCUUACCAUAUGGGAGACCCAGCGGAGCUUUCAACACCAGGUGGACAGUUGCCAAGGUUGGACAGCACAGUGAGAUUGCAGUUCAAAGACCACACCAUCCUCACAGUAGGGCCGGAUCAGGAUCAAUCUGAUGAAACUCAGAAAAAGAUGGUUUACAUCUAUCAUUCCUUGAAGAAUAGGAGAGAAACACACAUGAUGGGAAAUGAGGAAACAGAGUCCCAUGGACUUCGCUUCCCUUUAUCACAUAUGGAUGCACUGAAGCAAAUUUGGGACCACUCAGCUAUUUCUGUCAAGGACCUGAAACUUACCACCGAUGAGGAAAAGGAAAACCUGGUGUUAUCCCUCUGGACAGAAUGCUUAAUCCAGGUAGUCUAGUGCCUUCCCAGAAUCCAGGGUGUACCGUCUCACAGAUACACACAUGUGCAAAGAAGAGCAAUGAUUGAUGUGGUGCUUUGAGUCAGUCGACUGGGACUGACCUGGUCUUACAACAAUUUUCCUCACCUGUGUUACUAAUAUCAUGAGCCGUACCUGUUUCAGGGAGUUAGGCACACAGAAGAAAGGUGUCUCAGUAACAAAACCGUACUUUUGGCAAACUCAUUUAUUCCAGUGUGGUAGAAAAGGCACAACUCCAAUAAAUGUAUCAUUGAAAGUUAAAGGUCGUUACCUGGCUUUGUCGUUGUUCUUUGGAAGAAACAACUUCUUUAAAGAGCCUCAUUGGCCCUAUAAAAAUCUUUUAAACAAUUAACACAAAGAAAAAUUUUAAAUUGUUUUUUUUACAAUGAAAAUAUACAUACCUUUGUGUAUACACAACCCCCUCCCCCCCCAUUAAAAUAAAGUUACCCUGAUAACAUAAGUUUCAUUAAAUACUGUCACACUAAUGAAAGGACUCACAUCUAUGGGCAUAUGUGAAUUUUAUAGAUGCUGCUUCAGAGAUGACAAAGAGCCUGAGAUUGAAGGAAAAACAUUCAGUAUUUACAUGGAAAGACCAAGUCUCUAUAAAAAAUGCUCAAAAUAGUGGGUCUUUGCAUUUAAACAAUUCACUGUUAUUUUACAUUCUAAAGUGCUCAUAGGCUGAUAUUUAAAAAUAUCACUGGAGUAUUUAAUCUUUCUAUAUAAAAAUAGAGCAGUUUUCUGCUUUUUGGUAAAAGUUUGGGACAAAGGGAACAGUUGUCUCAACUUAAGUAUUUUUUCCCUC